AUGAGACCCUUGUGCAUGCCCCCGACCAGCGGCACCUUGGCCAGGAACAGUUCACAGGUUCCUGAUUGGCCGAAGAAGCGCCCUUCCCACGACCAGUUUGAGAAAUGCGUGCAGCCGGCCAUUAGCGGUGUAGUAAAAUAUGACCAGCCUAUAUCUAUCUCGCCUAGCAUUCUGGUAGCAGACGGAAACACAGGCAGCGGCAUUUGCUCGGUCCCUGGAAGGUUGCUGCCUAACCUUCUUACGGGGAGAGAUAUGAAAGACCUGGCCGGUUCUAUCUGCGACACGAUGGUCACCGUGGGACAGGGGAUUGUCACCAAGGAUGCAGGCGCAAUUUCCUCUGCCCUCACAGUUCGGGGAGGUCAUAGGAAAGGUUUUUCAAUUACCCACAAACAUUGCAAUCUGCAGAUUAUAGGUACGGUGGCCAAUGUAGCCGGUAUCAACGUCAAAUCCGAGCUGGUUGAUCUCUGCGUGCACGCGAUUAAGUACCAGGCAGAGACGUGUUUAGCCGUUUUGAAGUAUGGGAUCAUUCGUCAUCCGGUUGAUCAUGUUGUCAAGCCAUCAACCACUAUAUGGAGGAACGGUAAAGGUGCUAUUCAGGCGAUUUUUGAUAUUGGUUUUGCUAUGCCUGAUACGUUUCAUUAG